CCCUGCAAGGAGCUGGGUAUUUAAAGAACAAAGUGUGAUCGAGGCAUCCUGACUGAGCACCAGGACUCCUCGGCAAAGACCUGGACCCCAGCUCUGAGUGCAGAUAUGACAGAGUCAAGCUUGCGUAUCAGUGGGGGAGCCGUCAGAUUUGGAGCCACCUAUGGAGGCAACCGUCUGUUCUCCGGAGCCAGAAGCGGUGGAGGCGUUAGCUCGGCUCUGUCCCGUUCGCUCGGCUUGGUGAGAGGGGGUGGAGCAGGAGCCGGUCUAGGCCUGGAAGGAGGUUUUGGGGCUGGAAGUGCUCUCGCUCUCGGUGGAGGCCUCGGUUUGGGUGCCGGCAGAGCCAGAGCAGUGGGGAUCAGGGCUGGUGUGGCUCCACUGAGAGCCCGUCUAGGGGGCCGAGGGUUUAAAAUCGGAGGCUAUGGUUUCAACCCAUCCUUCAUCAGCUCUACCACUAUAGUGGACGCAGGUGCCGGUCCAAUGCUAAGCAUCGACCCAACACUCCCAUCACUGGACACGGUGCAGAUCACACGCUUGAAAGAGAAGGAGGAGCUGCAGGCCCUCAAUGAUAAAUUUGCAUCUUUCAUUGAUAAGGCCAGGUCUCUGGAGCAGCACAACGCAGUACUAAAAGCCAAAAUUUCCAUGUUUACUAACCCAGAGCAGGGGGGACCUGCUAGCACUUCCAUCCUUCUGACCUCUGCCAUCGGAAAGUAUAAAUCCCAGAUCGACAGCCUCACUGUUACUAAAGAGGCCAUCAUUGCUGAGAUUGAGCACUAUAAAGGCAUUAUUGAGGAUGUUCAGGCCAGGUAUGAUGAGGAAACGGCUCAAACCAAAACUCUGGAGUUUGACUGGAGUGCGCUGAAAGAGGAAGUGGAUAAUCUCUACCUUUCCAUCUUUGAGUUGCAAACCAGCAUCGGUGGUUUGGAGGAUCAGAUUGCUCUGUCCAAACAGGUGUAUGAUGCCAAAGUGAAAGAGGUGAGGAACAUUGUGACUGGUGGUGUGAAGUCAGCAGUGUCUAUCUCAGUGGAUAACGCAGCCCAGGCACAGGAUCUGACCUCAGCGCUGACUGAAGUCAAAGCUCACUAUGAAAUCCUGGCUCAACGCAGCAAGCAGGACGCCCUCCUCUCAGUGCAGGACAGUCUCUCCAUGAUGUCUGUAUCCUCUCAGCCCACGUCUCAAACACUCACCUCAGCCAAGGAAGAGCUCAGAGUUUACAAACUACAGAUUGACUCUGUGCAGAGAGAGAUUGAGAGGCUCAAAUCUCUGAACUUGCAGUUGGAGUCUCAGGUGGAGGAGGCAGAAGUUCACUCCAGCUCCCACACAGAAACAUACCAGGAUCAGGUUCUUACUCUUAAGUCCCAGCUUGAUGAUCUCAGAAAGCAAAUUGCUCAUUAUGGUCAAGAAUAUCAGGAGCUUCUCGCCAGCAAGAUGUCACUGGAUGUUGAAAUCACGGCCUAUAAGAAACUCCUGGACAGUGAAGAGAACAGGUUGAAAUCUGGAGGUGGUGUCACCGUGCACAUGUCUAAGACUAUGGUCGGAGGAGGAGGUCUAGGCCUGGGUGCAGGAGGUGCAGGCUUUGGUGGAGGUGCCUCAGGCCUGGGAGGAGGUGCCGGUCUAGGUCUUGGAGGUGGAUUUGGGCUGGGCGGAGGCUUAGGAGGUGGUCUUGGGGGUCUAGGACUGGGACUCGGUGGAGGACUGGGCUUCGGAGGAGGUGCAGGGAGCAGUUACAUGUCCUCCAGCCUGAGCAGCAGUGCCUUGUCAUCCACUGUUUACUGAAGAUUCACAGCCUCCACUCUUCAAGCCACAACAGAAUGCUGAGCUUCCACAUAUGGGGCAGCGAGGAAGCUUCAUGAAGAACGCCUCCCAUAAGUUUUGAUAUUAUGACCACACCAUCAUGUACAUUUAAAAUAAAAUUGUGAAAGAUCAGUUCCCCUUCUGUGGGGUGAUGUUCGAUGAGUCUCCAAAUUCUGUGCUAAUUUAACACCAGAUCAAAAUGUCUGUAUUUCCAUGCAUCACUUCCUGCUACAAUAAUAAAUAAAAAUUCCAUUCUGGUUAUUAC